AUUGAAAUAAGCGAUACUUUCUGAACUUGCAGCUUUUCACUUCCACUCCCUCCAUUCCUAUCCCAUAGUCCCAUUUUUGUUGGCAUAUCUUUCUUGCUUCUCAAAAUAUGGCGUUCCCUUUUGAGACCAAGCUCCCUUGGAUUCGAUUGCCCGAACCCUACAAGACCACCUAUGACCUCCAAGUCAUCUCAGUCCAACAUGGCAUCCGGCAGUUCCAGCUUCGUCGGUCCCCUCGAUCGGACGAGGGCAUGCCACCCCCCGAGCCCCUGCACCAUGACUCCCUCAAGUUCACCGACCUCAGCCGUCCGGAUGCGACUAACACGCCGCCCGAGGGCAACAACUCCGCGUGGGCGCGAGCACAGAGAAGCCCUGUGACGCAUUGGACAUGGGAUGGACAAUAUACUCCAACGGUCGGGCAGAUCUGGAAUGUCAUCUAUGCGCUGUUGACAUUGCAGUCCGACUUCGAGAUCUUCCGCGUGGUGCUGGCCGGCGAGGGGAAGGAUAUCCUGGCACGCGAAUUGCAGGCUGUCGGGCUUGCCAUCCAGCAUCCCAGCCCGUCGGCGCCUCCAGGCCAACCGACACCACACUCCCCCGACCUGUCGAGCCAAUUGGUCGUGUAUCGCAGCACAUUCUGGCAGGGAGCCGGUUCUCCCUUCGGGCCUCGGCCGGUGUGGGUGGCAGACAGUGACGCCUACAGUUCGCUGCGUCGCCCUCUGACGGCGUACCCGUUGCACCCUGUCCAGCAUGUCCUGACCAGCAAGUUCCCUGAAGUUCGCGUGCAUGCCAUCCACCCGGUUCGACCGUGCAAGCCUACCCCGGGAUCGAGGAUUUACAGCCGCUACAUCCCCCACCUCGACGAGUUCUUCUCCAUCUGGGCCCUGGACUACACCAACGACGAGCACCUGAAGCUGUUCAAUAAGUGGCAGAACGACCCCCGCGUCGCGAAGGCAUGGAAGGAGACUGGCACUCUCGAACAGCACCGCGAAUACCUGCGCAAAGUCCACGAAGACCCGCACCAGGUUGCCGUGCUCGCCAAAUUCAACGACACCUUCUUCUCCUACCACGAGAUUUACUGGGCCAAGGAGGACCACCUCGGCGCACACUAUAACGCCGACGACUGGGACCGCGGUCGCCAUUCGCUCGUCGGAGAUACCCGCUUCCGUGGCCAACACCGCGUCAUGGUGUGGUGGUGCAGUCUGAUGCAUUAUAUGUUCCUCGACGAUCCGCGCACCAAGAGCAUUGUCGGCGAGCCCCAAUUCAGCAACCUGACGCCGCUCGCCUAUGACCACGCGACCGGCUUCAAUCUCGAGAAGAUCGUCGACCUGCCGCACAAACGCUCCGGGCUGGUCAAGUGCCGUCGCGAGAAGUUCUUCCACAUCUCCCCCUUCCGCUUCAAUGGCUCCGAUCAGCUUGAGCGCGACCCGUUCCGUGCGCUGAAGUUGUAGAUUUUUCUCCCAUUGCAAUCAUGAGGAUGGGGUGUGGUUCUCUCGGUCGGGGUCGGGGCCGGGUGUGGGACUGGGUGUAAAAGAUUUCCCUAGUUGGGAUUGGGUUUCCAUGUCGAUAAUACCUAGACGGAGG